AUGUCGUACGGCAGCUCCGGCUCGCCGGCGUGGCUGUGGCUGCACGGCGACCUCGAGCUCACCAUCCACGAGGCGCGCGGCCUCCCCAACAUGGACCUGCUCUCCACCAUCCUCCGCCGCCUCUGCCUCUGCCCACCACUGGCGGGGAUGACGCCGACGCGCCGCCGUUCGCUGUCCGACGACGACGACAGCGCUCACCGCGCCCACCCCCACCCGCACCCGCACCACCACAACCACCAUCUCCGCGGCCGGCUACACCGCCACCACGAGCCACAGCCGCACGGGCACCUCCUGCUCCCGACCUCCGACCCGUACGCGGCGGUGGUAGUGGCGGGGCCGCACGAGACGACGGUGGCGCGCACCUACGUGUUCCGCAACUCGGAGGCGCCGAGGUGGGAGGCCAGCUUCCUGCUCCCGCUCGCGCACGCCGCCACCGGCCUCGAGUUCCACGUCAAGGACGCCGACCCCUUCGGCUCCGACCUCAUCGGCGUCGCCUCGCUGACCGCCGCCUCCGUCCUCGCCGCCACCGCCGACGCGCCCAUCGACAAACAGUGGCUCGAGCUCUCCCGCCCCGACGGCCGCGGCCCGCCCAAGCCCGGUGGUGGGAGCGCCAUCCGCAUCUCCGCCGCCUUCGUCCCCGCGGCUGCUGCUGCGGCGUCCCGGCAGCGCUCCGGCGGCGUGCCGGCGUACUUCCCGCUGCGGCGCGGCUGCGACGUGCGGCUGUACCAGGACGCGCACGUGGGGCCCGGCGAGGUGGACGGCGUCGGCGUCGGCCCCGGGUUCCGGCCCGGGCGGUGCUGGGAGGACCUGUGCAUGGCGGUGCUGUGCGCGCAGCGCCUCGUCUACGUGGCCGGGUGGUCGGUGCACACCAGGGUCCGGCUACUGCGGGAGGCCAUGUCGCCGGAGAUGGCGGCCAAGGUGGCCGAGCUGGAGGAGCUCGGCGGCGAGCCCGUGGAGAACAUGAGCCUCGGCGAGCUGCUCAAGUACAAGUCCCAGGAGGGCGUCCGGGUGCUGCUCCUCGUCUGGGACGACAGGACCUCACACGACACCUUCUUCGUAAAGACGGGAGGCGUGAUGAAGACGCGCGACGAGGAGACGAAGAAGUUCUUCAAGCACUCGUCCGUCAUCUGCGUGCUGUCGCCGCGCUACCCAAGCAGCAAGCUUGGCCUCGUCAAACAAAAGGUGGUGGGGACGCUGUACACGCACCACCAGAAGUGCGUGCUCGUCGACACGCCGGCGUCCGAGUCCACCCGCCGGAUCACGGCCUUCCUCGGCGGCCUCGACCUCUGCGCCGGCCGCUACGACACGCCCAGCCACCGGCUCUUCCGCGACCUCGACACCGUCUUCCACGGCGACGUCUACAACCCCUUGUUUGGUGGGGACAUCAAGGGCCCGCGCCAGCCAUGGCACGACCUGCACUGCCGGCUGGACGGGCCGGCGGCGUACGACGUCCUCAAGAACUUUGAGCAGCGGUGGCGGAAGGCGACCAAGCUCCGGGAGAUGUUCGGCGGCAAGGCGGCGCACCGGAAGGACGACGCGCUGCUGAAGCUGGAGCGCAUCCCCUGGAUCCUCAGCCCCUCCAAGCCCAAGCAGCGGUGCUCUGCCGCGGCCGGCGGCGCCGCAGACGACAACGCCGACGACGACGAGCGGGACCAACCAGCCCUGCAUGUGGUGCAGGACAGCGACCCGGAGCGGUGGCACGCGCAGGUGUUCCGUUCCGUGGACGCCGGGUCAGUGAAGCGGUUCCCGCGUCCCUGGGAGCGUGCCGAGAUGGCGCGGCUCCACCUGGUCGGCGACAAAAACCUGGCGGUGGAGCGGAGCAUCCACGCGGCGUACGUGGCGGCGAUCCGGUCGGCGGAGCGGUUCGUGUACGUGGAGAACCAGUACUUCAUCGGCGGCUCCUACGCGUGGCCGUCGUACCGGAACAGCGGCGCCUGCAACCUGGUGCCCAUGGAGAUCGCGCUCAAGGUCGCCAGCAAGGUCCGCGCCCGCGAGCCGUUCGCCGCGUACGUGGUGAUGCCCAUGUGGCCCGAGGGCAACCCCGGGUCCGGCCCCGCGCAGGAGAUCCUAUUCUGGCAGAACCAGACCAUGGAGAUGAUGUACAGGGUCGUCGCCGCGGAGUUGGACGGAAAAGGUGGCCACCCGCAGGAUUACCUCAACUUCUACUGCCUCGGCAACCGGGAGCCGGCGGAGGACGACGCGGUGGCCGGCGGCGGCGACGGCGGCCACCGCAAUAAAUGGGCUCCGGCGGAUCCGCCCGACGACAGCACGAGCCCCGCGGCGCGUGCGCGGCGGCACCGGCGGUUCAUGGUGUACGUGCACUCCAAGGGGAUGAUCGUGGACGACGAGUACGUCAUCAUCGGCUCCGCCAACAUCAACCAGCGCUCGCUGGCGGGGUCGCGCGACACGGAGAUCGCCGUCGGCGCGUACCAGCCGGACCACACGGGCGCCGACGCCCCGCGCGGGAAGGUGCACGCGUACAGGAUGUCGCUGUGGGAGGAGCACCUGGGGAAGGAGGCGGUCCGGCGGCCGGAGGUGCAGCGGCCGGAGUCACCCCGGUGCGUCCGUCUGGUGAACCGGAUCGCAAGGGACAACUGGGGGAGGUACGCGGCGGACGGCGACAAGGGGCCGCUGCAGGGGCACCUGAUGAGGUACCCCGUGCACGUCGAAGCCGACGGUAGGGUGGAGCCGCUGCCGGGGCACGAGUUGUUCCCGGACGUCGGCGGGCGGGUCGUCGGCGCGCCCAACAAUCUGCCGGACUACCUGACAAUGUAG